AUGUCCGUAACAACUGCAGCUCCUUUGUUGGCAUUAUUGAAAGAAGAGGAUGAUAUUGUUAAAUCCUAUGCUUUGAAAUCAAUCAAUGUCGAAGUUGACCACCUCUGGUCAGAGAUUUCAAAUGAUAUCACAGAAAUUGAAACUCUAUACGAUGAUCAAUCAUUCCCAGAUCGUCAUUUGGCUGCUUUGGUUGCAUCUAAAGUGUAUUACAAUUUAGGUGAAUAUGAAUCUGCUGUGAAGUAUGCCCUAGCAUCUGGUACAUAUUUUGAUAUUAAUGAAAAAUCACAAUUUGUUGAAACAAUUGUCUCUAAGAGCAUUGAAUUAUACAUUACUCACGCAACAAAUAAUUACAAUAUUGAACAAGAAGAGGCAAAGGUUGUAAUUGAUGCAUCAUUAACCUCAAUUUUUGAAAGAAUGAUUGAAAAAUGUGUUAAUUCCUCAGAAUAUAAAUUAGCACUAGGUAUUGCUUUAGAAAGUUAUAGAUUAGAUGUCGUUUCUGAUAUUUUAAAAAGAAAUAAUGAUGAUGAAAAUGAAAGUAACAUGUUGAAAUUAAUCAACUAUGUGUUGGCUGCUGCAACUACAAAUAUCGAUAACAUACGCUUCAAGACAAAUAUCCUAAGUCUAUUAUUUGAUAUUUUAUUCUCAAUGAAGAAUUUUGAUUAUUUUGCUACUGCUAAAGUUGUAGUAAAUUUGAAUGACCCAAAGUUAGCAGUGCAGUUGUUUGAAAAACUACAGGAAACUGAAAAUAUAAAUAUUUCAUAUCAAAUAGCCUUUGAUCUAGUGUCUUCUGCUUCACAAAGCUUUUUACAAAUUGUGACUCAAGAACUAGAAUCAAAAAAUUUUAACUCAAAAAUAUUAGAAAUUUUAUCUGGCGUUCCAACUUGUGACUAUUAUAAUACAUUUUUAUUGAAUAAUAAAAAUAUUGAUGUUGGUUUAUUGAAUAAAUCCAAAUCCUCUUUAGAUGGUAAAUUUUCAUUAUUUCACACUGCAGUAAGUGUAUCCAAUGGUUUUAUGCAUGCCGGUACUACUGAUAAUUCUUUCAUUAAGGCUAAUUUAUCCUGGUUAGGAAAAGCACAAAAUUGGGCUAAAUUUACUGCCACAGCAUCAUUAGGUGUAAUUCACCGUGGCAACUUGAUUGAUGGUAAGAAAGUCAUGGCCCCAUACUUACCAGGCAGCCGUGCCACAUCUCGUUACAUAAAAGGUGGUUCUUUAUAUGGUCUAGGUUUGAUUUAUGCUGGAUUUGGUAAGAACGUCAUAGAUUAUCUAAAAAAUAUUAUUAUUGAAAACAGCUCCAACUGUGGCGAUGAAGAUAUUGAUGUUUUACUACAUGGUGCCUCAUUAGGUAUUGGUUUAGCUGGUAUGUCUUCUCAUAGUUUGGAAUUAUAUGAAUUACUAAAGGAGAUCCUAUAUGGAGAUUCCGUCAUUUCAGCUGAAGCAGCAGCAUUGGGUAUGGGUCUAACUAUGUUAGGUAGCGGUAACGAAACUGUUAUCAACGAUGUACACACAUAUGCUCAAGAAACUCAACAUGGUAAUAUCACGCGUGCUUUAUCUAUUGCAUUAGCUUUGAUUAAUUAUGGACGUCAAGAGUUAGCUGAUGACUUAAUUGAAAAAAUGCUAGGCAAUGGUGAAAGUUUAAUCCGUUAUGGUGGUGUAUUCACUGUAGCCCUUGCGUACGUUGGUACUGGUAAUAAUAAAGCCAUUAAAAAAUUAUUGCAUGUGGCUGUUUCUGAUUCUGAUGAUGACGUUAGAAGAGGUGCAGUUAUUGCAUUAGGUUUCGUUCUAUUGCGUGAUUACACAACUGUUCCAAGAAUAGUUGAGUUAUUAUCAGAAUCUCACAAUGCUCAUGUUAGAUGUGGUACAGCUUUUGCAUUAGGUAUUUCCUGUGCUGGUAAAGGUUUAAAAUCUGCGAUUGAUGUUUUGGAGCCUUUGACUAAGGAUCCUGUUGAUUUCGUUCGUCAAGCUGCUAUGAUUGCCUUGUCCAUGAUAAUGAUCCAACAAACUGAAAAAUUAAAUCCAAAGGUAAAGGAGAUUAAUGAGUUAUUUUUGAAUGUCAUUAAAAACAAACAUCAAGAAGGGUUAGCUAAAUUUGGUGCUUGUGUAGCUCAAGGUAUCAUGAAUGCUGGUGGUAGAAAUGUAACAAUCCAAACUGAAAAUGCAGAAACUGGUACUCUUGAUGCAAAGGCUAUUGUCGGUUUGGCAAUGUUUUCUCAAUUCUGGUAUUGGUUCCCACUAUCUCACUUAUUGACUUUAUCCUUUACCCCUACUACAAUUGUUGGUGUUCGUGGAUCUGAUUUUGCAAUUCCAGAAUUCGAUCUAAAUUGUCAUAUGAAAGAGGGUCUAUUUGAUUACCCAACGAUGUUUGAGGAGGCAGCUGAUAAGGAAAUAGAAAAAGUUGCUACUGCAGUUUUAUCUACUACAGCAAGAGCUAAAUCUAGAAGUAAAAAGAUAAAGAAAGAAAAGAAUGAGGAAGAAGAACAAGUUAGUGCUAAAACUGAACCUACUGAGAAAAAAGAAGAAAUAGUUGAGAAGACAAAAGAAAGUGAAUCUGACUCUUUCAAAAUGAAGUAUACAAAUAAGACUUAUAAGGUUAAGAAUAUGAGCCGUAUUUUACCUCAACAAGUUAGAUAUAUUUCAUUCAACAAACAAGAUCGUUUUGUCCCAGUGCAAAAACAUAAGAAUACUUUGGGUGUAGUUAUAUUAAAUGAUAAAACCCCAGAAGAGUCGAUUAAAAUAAUAGAAACUGUAAGACAAAUCAAGGAUAUCAACGCACCUCUACCCACUUCUUUUAUUGUACAAGACGAUGUUGAUUAUAACAACCUAUGUUGA